UGCAUGGUCCUGUUCUUGCGUCCUUUUCACGCAGCCCUUGACUGCGAACUGCAUCAAGCGCAAUCGCAGUCUGUCGAGUCAGCUCAUCAAACCGUGAAGCGUAGGCGAUCCAAGAUGGCCGCUGUUGUGGAGAAUGUUGUCAAACUGCUGGGAGAGCAGUACUACAGGGAUGCCAUGGAGCAGUGUCACAAUUACAAUGCACGACUCUGCGCUGAGAGGAGUGUCCGCAUGCCCUUCCUGGACUCUCAGACGGGCGUGGCCCAGAGCAACUGCUAUAUCUGGAUGGAGAAGAGACACAGGGGACCAGGUGGGACGCAUGCACACAGAAAAUGCGUUCUGUAUGGGAUGGCUCCUGGACAGCUGUACACGUACCCUGCUCGUAGAUGGAGGAAAAAGCGGCGAGCACAUCCCCCAGAGGACCCCCGCCUUGCAUUUCCUCCCCUCAAAUCAGAGCUGGACCUGGGGCUGAAGAAGGACUCGCUGGCCUCCUCGGACGGCAGCAGCCUGGAGGCCCUGCUGAAGGCCGAGCCGCUGGAGAAGCGAGCCGCCCCCGAGCUGCGGGGGCCCGAGGACGACCCUGGCCUGGCCGAGUACACCGGCGGAGGCCUCAACCCCACCACCCGGGCCAGGAAGAGAAUCCUCGAACCCGAUGACUUCCUGGAUGACCUGGACGAUGAAGACUAUGAGGAAGACACCCCUAAGCGACGUGGGAAAGGAAAGGGAAAGGGCCGCGGUGUGAGCAGCUCGCGGAAGAAGAUGGACGCUGCCGCCGCUGCCCUGGAGGACCGGGACAAGCCGUACGCCUGCGACAACACUUUCAAACAAAAGCAUAUUUCAAAACCUUCUGAACGAGUCUGCGGGAAGCGCUAUAAGAACCGCCCGGGGCUGAGCUACCACUACGCCCACUCUCACCUCGCCGAGGAGGAGGGCGAGGACAAGGAGGAGGCCGAAAUGCACACCCCGACCCCGCCCCAGCCGGAGGAGCCCAAGACACCCAAAAAAGGACCAGACGGCCUUGCGCUGCCUAACAAUUACUGUGACUUCUGCCUGGGCGACUCCAAAAUCAACCACAAGACGGGCCAGUCGGAGGAGCUGGUGUCCUGCUCGGACUGCGGGCGCUCAGGUCACCCGUCCUGCCUGCAGUUCACCCCGGUCAUGAUGGCGGCGGUGAAGACGUACCGCUGGCAGUGCAUCGAGUGCAAGUGCUGCAACAUGUGCGGGACUUCAGAGAACGACGACCAGCUACUGUUUUGCGAUGACUGUGACAGAGGAUACCACAUGUACUGCCUCAGCCCCCCUAUGGCUGAGCCCCCUGAAGGAAGCUGGAGUUGUCAUUUGUGUUUGGACCUGUUGAAAGACAAGGCCUCUAUAUACCAGAACCAGAACGCACCCCCUUCGUGAUAGGGUUCAUCCUGACCUGGUCGUCAAACCUUCCUCCCGCUCCUCCCAGCUCCGUCCAUGGAAAGUCUGCUUUUUACAGGUGACGGCGGGAAUGCACUAAAUCCGCUGCAGACCCCUCUGACGAGGGAAACUGUCGCGCCCCCCGUCCUGGAGCGGGACAGGGGAAUACAGAGCAGCCCAAACAGAGCCCCACUUUCACCUCCCUCCUGGUCUGUUUGUACUAUGACUGUUACAGUUCCAAACCACUUUGUUUUCAACCCUUAGCAUAUCCAUGUAAUUCAGGUAGUGCUUUACGUGCUGGUUUAUGUGCUAUUUUCUGUUCCAAUCAAGCGCCCUUACCCAGUCAAGAUUUCUGUAACAAGGAUCUUUUCUUUGCUCUGGUUGUACAUGCACUGUUCACACUGUACAGCAGAUCUCUGUGGCCACACCAUGUCAUCCAGUUACUGUCAUCUGCAAACUUAGUAGAUUUACAAAGAAGACCAUAUGCAACAGUCGGAAGCCAAACUAUAUGAGUCUAUAUUAGAACCUUGUUUUCAUUCGUUUCUAAGACAUCUGCUGUUGCUCAAGGUGGCGGUUGUGUCUGCAGGAGACAGUGAUAGUUUCAAUCAAUCAGCAUGCCAAUGCUUGUUCCUAGUGGGAAAAUGGUAAAUGUUUUGUAUAUUUAUAUAUUUGUAGAGCAUAUAAAGGUGUUGAAACUAUUUCAGAUAGGGGUGGGGGGCGAUUGAUGGUAUUUAUGAUAAUUGCCUGGGUUAAUCUUUACAAAGGACAGCAAAGGACCAUGUUCUGCUAGGGAAGCUUAGAAGUGACUGUAGGGGAUGAAGAGCUGCAGUGCCAUCACUCCAGGGCUCAUGUUUUAUCUGCUUCAGUGCAGCAGCCAUUUUCUCUGCCCAUGCAAAGUUUUGGGGGAGGGUCUUUCACAGGGAUUGAAUGGGUUUCUAUGGCACGGGCUGAAGUGGGGAUGGCCCAUGUGCUGCUGUGAGGAGAGGUAAGGGGGGGUGUGAGUGCCUGUGGGUUUGGGUGCGGUCUGUCCAAAGCCACUGACCUGCUACCACCAUUGCUUCCCUCUGAGAUAAUUCCUAUACUGUGAUGUACAGGUGCCCCCCCCCCCCCGCCUCUGUAGUACGGCCUGUUUGUGGGCGGGUGCCAGGGAGCUGCCCCGAGCGCCUGUCACCCCCCCCCCUCGUACUCCUGCGACUUGGAUGUGAGGCUGCCUCGUGACCCCCUGCUGACGCCGGGUUGAGCUGAAAAACCCUUUUCUGAGCGUUGCUUUAUUCUGUGAUGUGGGGGCUUUUUAAUUCAGCCAUUGCUGCCCCAGUGAGCCUCUGGACCAGUGGGAGGAGCUACUGGUGGGCGGGAGGAUGUCCGCCUGUGACUUUAUUUGGCAGAGCCAGCACUUGAUUAACUUUGCAAUUGGCUGGUUACUUGUCCCAUUGAAUUGUUUGGUCGAGAUGGCUUUAUGCGAUAGUACUCGCUGCAGUUAAAUUAUUGUGAGAGGAAGGAAUGUGAGCAGAUCCAGUGGUCCUCCGACUGGAGGUCCCAUUCCUGGCCUUAGCCCCAGAAGUUGUUUGUGUCCUAGCUCUGCUCAAGCUGCUUGAAGGUGUCUUAUGAGCAAAACUUGGAUCACUUCUCUUUUAAUGUUUUCAUUUUUUUUAAAUUUUGGUGUAACUUCUCCCAGAUUUCAGCAGAGGGUGGCAUUGAGCUGUAUUCCCGGCUCUCUUGAUGCACUCGUAACUCAAAGGGAUUUUCAUCAGUCUCUGUAGCUCUUAUCAGCUCCAGUUAGUAGUGGAUAGGCACCCACUUUAAAAAGUGAAAGAACCCUGCAAAAAUAGAACCAUUAUUUAUUUGCCACCCCUACCACCAGUGGAGCCAACAGUCCCCAACUUCGGCUUUACCAAGCAGACGCGUUUUGAGGUAUCGCCGCAAACAGUUGAAGGAUAAUUUCAUAUACUGGAUUU